AAUCCAUUGUGAGCGCCCAUCUGUAAAUAACAUUCCUUGAUGUAAAUUCAUGAAUUAGCAAUGUCUUUCAUCGCAUUCGAUCCAUUUUGAACUGUGCGUGCACCCUGUAUACACAAUCAAACCCAAACAACAUUGACAUACUUUUUUAAUAGCUGCAUGUUGUCAUCGAAUCUCCUGGUUGCAUUUAAAAUGGAGAAUAAUCAACUCUUGGAGGAAAUGCAGAUGUAAGAUUACCAAACUAUGAGCGACACAAAAUGGAAAAAUGAGGCAAAGGGCUUCUCUGAACACGUCCAUCUCGGAAAUUUCUCUCUUGAUGAAAAUCGGAACUACUGCGACGACCACCGCAAUCGUAAAUUCUUCGUCGAUCCGGGGCUAUGGCCCAAGUUUGACCUCCUCCCAGGUCAUUCGGAGUAUGUUGAUCGUAACCGUGGCGAUGAUGAUGACGGUGUCGACGUGAAGUCGUUGGAUGUUUUGUUGAGAUGGAUGCGGGAUCAUCAAGAUGACCUUCAACGAAGGAAGAUCUUGGAGAUUCAGGCAGAUGGUUCGAAAAGAUUGGCGUUGGAUUUCGUCACCCGGCGAGGCGCUUUGCACGACCUCUUCAAAUCGGCCCACCUCAAUGAUCGGACGGAGUACCUAGUCACAUUCUUCAAAGGAACUUACUAUCUGGAGCAGCUGGAGCUACCGGGUCGGCACGACAAUCCAAACGAUCCUGACGGGACGCAGGUGUACAGCGGGAAAAAGUUUGCCCAGUAUUGCACAAGCGGUGAGUGUGCGAGACUAGUGGCGUAUCCAGCAGAAGAUAGGGCUGGGGAAAAUGGCGCCAAGCCAGACACCACGCAGCCGAUCAACGACAACCUUUCCUACGAGGCUGUCAUGGCGGCACGAUGCGGCGACUUCAAACUGAUGUUCGCCGUCGAGGUCCAUGCCGAGAGCAAAGACAACAGAGAGAUUCCCUCGACCUAUCGUGGUUUACAUCAUCUGAACUACGUGAACAUCAGGACUACCAGAGACUUCAACGCAUUGACUGAGCUUCAACAGUCAAAGGCUUUCUUUCGGAAGAAGCUGUUUCAGUUUUGGUCCCAGAACCACAUCGCUGGUAUACCCCGUGUGAUCCUGGGCUGGCGGGACGAUGAACGUCACGUGAUCACAAGAGCAGAAACAUACAAGACUGAAGACAUUCCCAGCUUUCCUUUGUGCUCGUGGAAACCUGGUAAAUACUACGCGGCGAUUCAGACUCUUCUCACCGAAAUCACUCGGCUUGUGACAAAUGAUGACGAUCCAGGGUAUGUCAAUAACUUUGUCUGUCUGACUGUAUGUCUAGUUUACGACCUUUCCAUCUGUUUUGUUGUCCACCAUCUUGUCUUGGAGAGGGUCGAGAGUGCCCCUUAUCCAGAAUUGGCGGCAAAGCUCUGCAACCGGACAUUCAAGAUAAAGAGACACGCAGACGGUCAUCAUAGGAUCGUCACAGACUGGUUUAUCAAGGAUGUUCUGAACAUCAAGUAG